UCACAACUUCAUUCGAUCAAAGAAAAAGGUGUUCACAAUGGGAGUUAAUACUGAGGACAAAAAAGUCGUUUUCUUACCAGUUGAUGCCAGUGAUCAUUCUGCUCGAGCGUUUCAAUGGUAUCUGGAUAAUUUAAGAGGGGAAAACGACGAGUUACACUUUUCAUUUGUCAUUAAACCAAUAUUUACAACACCAACAGUUGAACUGGCUAUGGCAUCUUCACCAAUAACCGAUAUUAUACAGUCAACACAAGAGGACAUUGAAAAUGCAAAGAAACUUUUACAAAAAUACUUGAUAAAAGCAAGGCGUUUCGGUAUUUCUUGUCAAGCAUUUGUUCAUGUACAUGCUAAACCUGGACCAACUUUGGUAAAAUUCGCUGAAGAACAGAAAGCAGAUAUUAUAAUAAUGGGAUCCAGAGGACUUGGUUUGAUUGGCCGUACAUUACUUGGCAGUGUUACAAACUACGUAAUGCUUCAUACAAAAACUCCAUUGGUAGUUAUACCUCCUCCAGUAAAAUAA